CGACUGGAGCUUCCUUAUGUUAUAAAAGCCGAAGGUUUUUCUGUAUGUGAAAAUGUUUUCAAGAGAAAACCUCCAAAAAAAUUUUUUAAGUGACAUCCGCUUUUACUACACGCCUCCCAAAGAUAAUAAAAUAAGAUACAUUUCGGGGUGUCUGGCAAUGGGUAGAAACUGUCAUAAGUGUCCGGCAAUAUAUGACGAGAUUUUUAAAAGCUAUCCCGGAGAAUAUAGAAAAAUACGUUUCAUACUUUAACGAAAUUUUGGUACUAUUUUAUACAUGUUGUUGUAGUUUUAACGGUUACCUAGGCCUCCUCCUGCGAAUGGCAGGCACCUUGCCGUGGUGCAGGGGCUUAGGUCGCAAGGCAUUCUCGGCAUCUCCCAACCGGGGUGAGAAGUGUUGUCUAGCACCAGCACCUCUCACACGGGUUGCUAGAAGCCGCAUGCGUGCGACAACCAAGAGCUGCCACCUCCUAAUCCAGGGUGUUAUGCGACUCCCGUGCCCAUUGGACGAUUUGCAGCCAGGAGGUAAAUUCGGCUGUAUUUUAACGGAGCCUUCCCAAUACCGGGCCGCCUUGGGAAGUAACUGUGGCUUUACCGCGUCAAGGGGCUCUGGCGCGGCGGACAUUUCCGUUCCCCCUUUAACAGAAUAGACCCGGAUGCUCACCCUGCUGAGCUAAGGGUCGUACGAAACAGAAUGAGCGACAACAACAACAAACCAACACAAAAAACCCUAAACAAUGAAACAACAACGACGACGACACCAGCAAUCACCAAAUUGACAACGACAACAUCAAACUGCAAAGCGACCGUUGCAGGUAAGAGUGGUCCAGGAGCUAGGCGCAAGUUCAGCUUCCUGGACGCUCUUUCGCCAGAAGAGCGCGCACUGUUUGAGGAGCACGCACGUGAUGAUGACGACGUGCUACUGCUACUGCGAAGAGUGCAGAUAAAUCUGAACCCGCAGCAACCUCCUCAAGCAGGCUCAGCUGCUCGGAGGAGGACGAAUCCAAACGGGAUGGGGCAGAAGUGCGCAAAAGGAAGAGGAAGCGGGGGGGGAGAAUGCCCCCUGAACCAGCAGCGGGAUGCCCGGGUGGCCCAGAUGAUCCACGCAGGAGAGGCAUGAGCGGUGCUACCCUAAAAUGGUACCUCAGGCACUUGCAGGAUGGCAAAUCCCCAGAAGAAGCAUUUAGACUCGCCACAAGCAGGAGCAGGGGCAGCAACCCAUCUCCGGCUGCGACGAAGCAUGCAAACGCCGCGUCCGUCGCGGGACGCGGGAACCAGACGUUCAGCCGAGGAAACGCAACCCAGCCUGGGAAACGAGGGUGCGGAAAGGCGGAACCACGGAACGCCACAGAACAAUCCGCGAAAAGGAAGAGCGGGCAGAUAACGCCUCAAGAACCCCCAAGUUCAAAAAGGCAAAAGGGGAAUCAGCCACCGGCGAUCGGAGGACAACGUCCUGCUCCAAAUCCCAACCCGGGUGAUGGCGGUCAGCGCAAAUACUCGGAAGCCCUUAAAGGCAUCCGGAUGGCUGUGCUGCCUCACAAUUAUCCGGCGGAGGCCUUGGGGCCAGAGGAACUAACAGCGCUGCAAGAUAGCAUUAUGGAUGAGGUUUACAAUGGGUGUGGGUACACCGGCUCAUUCCAUGGUGUGUACUUCAGGUCAGGAAUGCUGCUAGUCGACUGUAAAGACGAAAGGACGACCACCUGGCUUGCGGAGAUCGCUCCGAAGCUAAACGGAUGGAGAGGCCCGGUCCUAUGCGCGAAGAGGGGUGAAGACAUACCGCCUAUGCACUGCAUGACGGUAUUCCUUCCCAGGAGCGCAGGUAAACCCUACGAGUUUGCACUUGGUCUCAUACGAAACCAAAACGAUGGGCUCGGUACAUCGGCUUGGAGGGUAGUGGACAGCAACAUUGAGGACGCUGGAUGGAGGCUCAACAUCACCAUCGAUGACGAGUCCUACAAAUUCAUCCGGAAGGAGGGAUUCAGGCUGAACUUUAGGUUCAGCAGUGUGGUAAUGAGGCCUUGGAGGCCCAAAACCACACCGGCGGAAGGAACGGCGGAAGAAGCAAUGGUGGUGGAUGAGGCGCCCACUCAGUCCAGUACCGGCACACUCGGGCAGGUUGCUACUGCUACGGUGGUGCAGGAUGCUACAGAUGCCGCAGAAGGAGCACCGAACAUAUGUGCUAAGGAGUGUGAAGGGGACCUACCCUCCACACAGGAGCUCCUAGAGGGGCUGAAGGGGCAGGACCAGCAGGGUAACAACAAGGACAGCGAUGACGAUGAUCUGUCCCUCCUGGAACCAGUCCUGUGACCGCCACUACCAACAUAGAAGUUGCCCAGGUAAACCUACACCACGCGACAGCAGCCUCGGCUGUUAUCGCGAGUAGGUUCCUUUCGGAUAACCUGGGUAUCCUAUUAAUCCAGGAGCCGUGGGUCUUUAGAGGGGAGGUCAGGGGCCUCAAUAUAAAAGCAAGCAAGGUAAUCUGGGAUCUCUCAUCUAAGAGACCCCGGUCUUGUGUAGUGGUUAGGAACGAUAUUGAUUUCUUCUGUAUUUCAGAGUUCCUAACGCAGGAUCUGGUCGCGGUGCAGGUGAAGGACAAGGAAGGUGCAGACUUCGUCCUUGCAGCGGCAUAUUUCCCAGGGGAGACAACCACAGCACCCCCCAACGAAAUUCACCAUCUAAUGGAAUACUGCAGGAGAAAUAAGCUCCCCCUCGUACUGGGGUGCGAUGCAAAUGCGCACCACACGGAGUGGGGCAGCACUGACUGCAAUGCAAGGGGUGAGUCUCUUCUUGAAUUCAUUAUUAGUAAUAACUUAAGCAUUGAGAAUGUGGGGUGCGAACCCACCUUCAUUACCAGUACCAGAAGGGAGGUCCUCGACAUAACUUUGUGCAAUGAGCUAAUGUCCGGGCUGAUCUCACAAUGGAGAGUAUCGAAAGAGCCCUCUAUGUCAGAUCACAGGAUCUUACGGUUCGCAAUGAAAGUGGAGGUCAAGGAUCUCCUGCCAGUCCGUAUUCCCAGAAACACAAAAUGGGAUGUUUUCAGAGAGACCCUAGAGCUAAAUAUUAGUAGAGUGAGGCAGGUAGGAAGCGAGGCUACGCCGAUAGGACUAGAGAGCAGGCUGGCUGCGACUAACCAGUUCAUAACAGACGCGUACCAUUGCGCUUGCCCAUUAAAGUCAACCACCAAAAGACAAGGCUGUCCUUGGUGGACAAGUAAACUCUCAGUGAUUAGAAAAUCAGUUCGCAGGCUUUUUAACAAAGCCAAAAGAACCGGCAACUGGGAGGAAUAUAGGCAACACCUAACAACCUACAAUAAGGAAAUUAGGUCUGCAAAAACGAGUAGUUUCAGAAAAUUCUGUGAAAAUGUCUCCUCUACUCCAGAGGCUGCAAGACUGCAUAAGGCUCUGGCAAGAGGUAAGACUGACACAGCAUUAGCCAUUAAAAGAUCCGAUGGGACCUAUACGAGCAACGCAGACGAGAGGGCCAUGGCACUCUUGCUUGAGCACUUCCCGAAGACUAUUCGGGACGACCAAAUUCCACCAGUGGUCGCACAUAAGCCAGAUCGCUCAGAUUGGACACCUGCAAGGAUUCCAUUCAAUGCAGACUCAAUCAAGUGGGCACUGGCUUCCUUCUCGAGAUACAAGUCACCAGGGGCCGACGGCAUCUUCCCAGCACUUCUACAGCAAGGAGGGCAAGCUCUAUUGCCGUUCCUUGUUGGGCUGAUGAGGGAUAGCCUUGCGUUGUCGUACAUCCCAUCAACGUGGAGAAUAGCUAGGGUAAUCUUCAUACCUAAGGUAGGAAGGAAGGACUAUUCACUAGCCAAAUCCUUCAGGCCUAUUAGUCUCACCUCCUUCAUGCUAAAAGGUAUGGAAAAGAUUAUAGACAACCAUAUAAGAUCGAAAGCACUAAAAGUCGCACCUCUGCAUGCAAAUCAGCACGCGUACAGGGUAGGUAGGUCUACUAACACUGCUCUGUACCAAUUAACGGCUGAGAUCCAGAACUCGCUGGAGAAUAAUGAGGUUGCGAUAUGUGCUUUCCUAGACAUUGAAGGUGCUUUUGAUAAUGCGUCUCACGCAAGCGUGAUCAGGGCACUGGAGAAGAGGAACGUGGAAGCUCCUAUAUGCAGAUGGAUUAAGGCCGUACUGCACACUAGGAUUGCAGAAACUACGGUGGGGGAGAGCAAGAUACGUCUUGGUACUACGAGAGGCUGCCCCCAGGGUGGGGUAUUGUCACCCCUUCUAUGGAGCCUCGUAGUAGAUGAACUCCUUGAGUUGCUAACGAACA